AUGACCCUCGUGAUCGUGGUGGUAACGCAAGCGAAGCCGCGUGCAACGGCCUGUCCGCGGAAUUCCUUAACGUACGAUCGAACACGAGCGCCAGCCCUGCGUUUUGGAGGCUUGAGGCCACCGCGUCAGGCAAGGUCGCUCUCCACUUUCUCCGGCGAGUGCGCCGCGCCCAUACCGCCGCCGCCUCCGCUAAAUCCGUACGCCUUGGCACUUGAGAGGUCUUUGCACCCAAACGUGGUCCUC